CUCCCGCGCAGGCGCCCGUGGGCGGAAGUGGCGGCGCGGGGAAGGCGGCGGCGAUGGCGGAGAAGUUCGACUCGCUGGAGGAGCACCUGGAGAAGUUCGUGGAGAACAUCCGGCAGCUCGGCAUCAUCGUCAGCGACUUCCAGCCCAGCAGCCAGACGGGGCUCAAUCAGAAGCUGAAUUUCAUGGUGACGGGCUUGCAGGAUAUCGACAAGUGCCGGCAGCAGCUUCACGAUAUCAGCGUGCCCUUGGAAGUUUUUGAAUACAUAGAUCAAGGCCGCAACCCUCAGCUUUACACUAAAGAGUGUCUGGAGCGAGCUUUGGCUAAAAAUGAGCAAGUGAAAGGAAAAAUUGACACUAUGAAGAAAUUUAAAAGCCUGUUAAUUCAAGAACUGACAAAGGUGUUCCCAGAAGAUAUGGCAAAGUACAAAGCUAUUAGAGGAGAAGAUCCUCCUCCUUAAGUUUGCCUUUGAUAGCUCUAAAACUGUCCCAUAAACUGACACCACCUUAUAAAAACAUUGAUCGGUGAGAGAGGGAAUCCAAGCCCUUCUAACAACUGUACUAAAAAUGGCAGUGGUGACUGUAAAGGAGCUUGAUGAUUGUUCAUGGUUCUGGUCUGAAGCUACUGAAUCUUUCUGACUUCUACUCAGUGGUUGUGGUUGAAACUUCUAUAGUAAUCUGCUUUUCUUUCCUGAGGGGUUUGAGAAAUGUAAUUUCCUCCAGGUCAUCAAUACAGAGCAUUUCCCACAAAGUGCAUUUCCAUAGCAGAAAAACAUAUUUUUUUGUCUCCUGAAAGGUGUGCCUCAGGAUUGUGGGCUCAUCUGUUUUUUAAGAGAAAUGCAUUUAUUACACUUGAUUAUUUCUCAUUUGUAAACUUCAGGUUUUUUUUUUUUUUACUGCAGUACAAACAACUGACUGCUUUUGUCUUGCCAAAUUCUAGUGAGCAGGAGCCUGUCAAGGGCUGCUGUUCUCAUGUGUCAUAAUUAGUUGCAGCCACGAAAACCUUCAGAUCUUGUUUAGUUCUGGGAGCUGCAGUGCAGAUGGCUGAGUAUAUAAAAAGUGAGCAUACCUGGGGACUAGCUCCUCUACUUUAAUAUUUUGUACAGUAUUUAAUGUAAGCUUUUGUUUAUUCAUUUUCUGCAAGCAGGUUGUUGAAUAAAAAUUUGAAAAAAAAUCUAAAUCCUGACGUUUUUCUUUUUUUCUUUUGUAUGCUUCUCUUUGGGUGUGAACUGAAAGCUGUGAAAAAAUUGCAUAUUCCUCUCAGUUCCAUUCUGAUAGAAAUAAAAUGUGUAUCAAAACUUAGCUCUUAAAAUCUUACAUCAGAAGGUGGUGUCAGCUUGGUAUUUUGGUUUUAUGAUGAAAACUUCUGUUUUAGUUCCGGAAGUAGAGUUUUGGUAUCGGCAGUUGUCACCUGAAGUCCUGGUCAGCUGUGAGGUUGUGUGUGGGAUCUUUCUGUACAUACAUAAGGGAGCCCCAGUAUGGAGCAGGAUUGUAGCUCCUCACCCAGGGGUCAGAGGUUUGUGGGAUAGAUUGAGUUUGCAGUGGGAGUAAGAGGAGCCCUUUUUGUCUCAGGUGUUUGUGAAGCUGGAGCUUUUGUGCUUAUAUUUGUUCUCCCAAAUCUAUCUUGACUUUUUGCAUCAGCAAAUUAUUUUAUUACUUUAACUUUCUUCUAGUUGCUAAAUUGAGUGGUUUUGGGCAGGAGCUCCAAAAUAGCACGGUAUGCAUGUAUUCCAUAGCAAGCCUGCCUAGUCUGCUAAAGAUUUAACAGGAAUUUAGACAUUUUUUAGGGUUUGAAAUUACUGGUGGCAUAGUUGGAAGCACACCUGAAGCACCUUCUGUGCUCAGGUACCUGCCUGAAGCAGAGCCCAUCCAUGAUUCCAAACCACCAAACUUUGACAGCAAAAACAAAAACAGAAAACUAGGUGUUACUUUUAGAAUGUGUUACCUACCAAUCUAAGUUAAUCUAAUUGCUGCCUGAUAUUACCUUGCCCUGCACACUUUCAUUUUGUAUUUGUUCCACCUCUAAUCACUUUCACCUUCACAGUUUUACUGUAUGAACUUGGAAGAUCCGACGAGUGACAAGGAAAAGGCGCUCCAUGUUUGUGUUUGGCUCGGCCUGGAUUACCCUGAGUCCUAAGGAGCUGUUGGAGCUGUGACUGCCAGCUGGGAUGAGUUUAGGACACAAGUAAAGAGGGUUUUGUGUGUAUAAUGUAGUUGGAAAGGGAGCUUAAGAGCAAAAUUGUUGACAGCAGGCAGGAGAAGCUGUAUUUAAACAAUAGUUGAGGGAACUUAGGAGGCGAAAGGCAUGUAGAUACUGGUCUGGAUACUGGAGUGUUCUGUCACUAGCACUGACACCAGCUUGUGUGUCAGAUCUGGUGGAGUAGGACUCUUUAAAACUGAUGCUUCCAAGAAGUCUUAUUUGUAUCUCAUGGAUUCAUAGAAUUGCAGAUUAGUUUGCAUCAGAAGGGACCUUAAAGAUUAUUUAUUUUCUAUUCCCCAUGGGGGAGUUGCUUGAAUCCCUCUCCAGCCUGGCCUUGAUCAUUUCCAGACAUGGACAUUCACAGCUUCUCAGGACAGCCCAUUCCAGUGUUUCACCACCCUCACAGUGAAGACUUUCUUCCUAAUACCUCACCUAAACCUGCUCACUUUCAGUUUGAAGCCAUCACCCUUUGUCCUGGGAUUAGCUUGGAGUUAGAGAGUCAUGAGGGAUAAGCAGCUCCACAGCCCAGAGGUCCUGAAAAUGUGUGAAAUGUCUGUUCUGUAUGUGUAUUGAUUUAUUGUUGUCAUUAGAUAAUGAAUAAGUACCCAAGGCUGGCCACAGUGAAGAUGGCCAUCCCCAUAACACUGACACCCAUGUCUGCUGAUGAGCAGAAGGUUUCAAGGCUUUCCCAGCUCAGAGAGGUAAUUUAGAGCCAAAGCAUGGAUCACAUGCUUUCCCUAGAUAUCUAGGUGGUCGUGGUAAACAUGAUGGCUGGGAUAGUGAGUAGAGAUGGAGGGCUAGAAAAUAACAUUAGGUCACAUCAUCGUGAAAUCUUAGCUGCCUGUGUUUUAUGAGGAAUCUGUCCAGGAGAACAUUUUUUUUGGUUGGUGGAUAUAUACAUUAGGAAUAAAAAUUUUUAAAAAUGAACCAGAAAAAAACCUCUCAGUUAAAUCAUCAGGUUUCAUGUUCUGCUCAGCUUCUGUUCCAACUUUUUGAUAUUAUUCUAUUAUUUUAUGCUUGCUUCACUUCACUGGGCUAGCAAUGCAAAAUAAUGCUAUUGCUACAACUGUCCAUAUUUAGCAUUAUAUUGAAGAGAGGUAACUGUUGUAAAUUAUGUCUGUCUCAGAGAAGAAAAGGUGGCUUGAAUGAGUGCAUAUGAAUUUAUAAUGUAGAAUGAGAAUUGCUAGAAACAAUGAUGUUUUCCAUUUCCAAUUGCAUAUGUAACAGAAAAAUCCAACGAAAUUUUUCUCAUUUGUUAAUUGGUUCUCUGAAAAUGAGCACAUGUCUGAGUUAUCCUGAAGUCUGUUUUGUUUGAUGAUAACCUUCAAGGCAUUCAGUAAAGGAGACUGUCAAAUCUUUCCUCUUCUUUUACCUGUAUUGCAUGGUUGGAGGUGAGAUGAAAUGUUAUUUCAUGGUAACAUUAAAACAACAUCAGCCCGAUAGAAAAACUUCCAAAAUAGAUUUUUGUUGCCCUUUAAUUAUCUCAAUGGAAAGUUUGAAGCCAUUCAGGUUUCAAGUGCAUCCUUGGAUUUUUAGUAAGAUUAAUAAUAUUUUGAAAAUAACAGGGAAUAUGUAAUUACAAGUAAUUAUUUUUAAGCAAUUGACUUUAUCACAUACAUUGUGAGAUGAGAAGAUGCUAGAUAAUGCUGUUCAGCAUAUACACAGUUCUUUAAAAUGGAGUGAGUGCUCCUAUACUCCAUUUAGGACAAACAAAGUCAGUGUAAAAUUCUUUUGCUGAGACACAGAAAGAAAUAGAUCAAGAAGUGCUGAGGAUUUUGCUGCGACCUGUUAAGGCUCGGCAUCCUCUCUGUCCUUUUUUUUUUACUGUAAGGAGAAGCAGUUUAGUGCCCAGCCUUCCCCUGUCCUUGAAACAAUUUUUGCUUUAACCUCCUUGUGAAGAACAAGUAAUGCAGAGCUGUGCAGUCUGACAGGAACAGACAUACCUGCUACAGGAGUUGGAUGCUGCUCAGCUGUUGGUUUAUCCAACCUAUAGCUCUUGUUAAUUUGUUUUUUUUUCAUGCAGAUCAAGGCAUUGUCAUUGUUAGCCAGUUCUCAGCAUAAGAUGAAUCGCCAGUGUGCCUGAGACAAUCUGUUUCUCUCAUACCACUCAGAAGAGAGUCUCUUGAUGGCAAGAAAGUCAUCCUAGGCAUAGCAAUUUGGGUUUCAGCAAUUGACCUUUCUAAUUUAGUUGGAUGAACUCCUAAAUGGUGGGAAUGGUCUGACAAUUUCCCAAAUAUUUCGUAUUGUGAUGUUCUUAUAAAUUGCUUUCUUCAAUGAGUGCAGUUCACAAGUGAUUGAAAAUGCUUAUUGUGUGAUUCUACCAGUUACCCCAGGUACUCUAUAAUCUCAUCUCUGACUCUCCUCUGAUCAUAGAAAUGGAGGAAAUAAACUCUGCAAUCUACUUCUUUUUGCCCUAAGUGAUCUUUUAGAUUUUAACUACAUCAUUUACAAUCUACUCACUGAACUUGUAGUUUUACUGAAAUCUUGCUAAAUAAAUGUAUUUAAAAGGUGGAUUCUAUAGACAAAAACUUAAAAAAUGUGUAAGAAAUGUUCCAAACACUCAGCUUAAUUGCAAGUUCAUAAUAGAGAAAUAUCCCUGCCAAGAAUAUUUCUGGAUACUCAUGUUUCAACACAAAGUCAUUUCUUACUCUACUAUGAUUAAUAGCUGCAGCGUUUCUGGGCAGGUGCCAGAUGUCCUUCCAGCUCUGCAGAGCAGAGAGCCAAGGUGACACGAAUGUCUGCCCUGCUCUGAGAAAACUGUGCUUGCUGUAUGUAUUUCAAUUACUUCCAUAUGCUUAAAAU